AUGCCGUCAGGUGCCCAGCAUCAGCAUCAGCAUCAGCAUCAUCAUCAUCAUCAGCAGCAGCAGCAGGUUAGUGCCCGAAGACCAUUUACUCUGAACGAGGCGCUUCCGUACACGCCGAUAACGUCGGUGUUUCCCUUUGAGCCAGACAUCAUCAACACUCCCACAAUCGGUUCUGGCCCCCUCGCACCCUCGAUUGCCGGUCUGGUCUCCCGCGAAGACUACGAUGCCCUGAACAACGAGGCAAGAUACCCGAAUCAAUCCAAACGCCUUGAGGGAAGCUUGGAAUAUGUGCAGACGUUGUUAAAGCCGGAAAAGAUCACUCGAUUCCAAUUCAAGACGGCGCCCAAAGCUACCAAUCCCUCGAAUGAUAGCUCACAAAAAAGCCUCACAGAAGGCCUGUCGCCAUUUGCGAGAAUGGUAUAUGACAACACGGCUAUAUCAUUCCGGUAUCCCACUCCAGAGACACCACGGCCGCAGACGGUCAACGGCCAGAAGAUGUCUCCCCAUAUCACGAAGGGAUCGCCCAAGGCUCGGAAGCAGGAGCCACCCAAGGUCGUCAAGCACAAUCCUGCAGCCCUCAAUGCGCAGGCUGUUGCUAAGAACAAGUCUCAAAUCGAGAUCCAUCUGCCAAGCCAGAGGCAACUCAGUGCUAGUGCCUCUCCGCACUCAACGUUUGGCCUUGUUCGUCAGGAUUUGCCGGAAACCCCAUCUCGGCCAGCUCACAUUCCCCAAGUGAAACCGCAGACAAUUUCACCAGCAGACUUGAUGGUAGCUCAACCAAAGACGCAACUACUGCCUCCGGCGCCAGAUCGAAGCUCUUCCCAGAGAAUCGCUGGAGUGACAGAUCAGUUACCACCACGAGCUCAGUCCCAGGAAGCGUCACAAGCGAUAUCCGAACCAUCGCGGGCAUCAUCACAAGGCCUGAAAGCUGCCGGCAUCAGAAUUGAGCUGCCUGUUGCAAGUUUUAACAAGGACGAUUUUGUUGUAGUGGAUGACGCGCUGAGUGCCCCCUAUCAUCUCUCGACAAAGAAGCGGAAGCGCGCCCAAAUGGGAGAUGGCGAUGAUCUCGAUAGCGGGCUCGACAACCGCGAGCGAGCAAAUGCGGCUCUAAGAGAGUUGCAACGUUGUCUCCAAGAGAUUUUUGAGGCUGAAGACAAGACGUCAGGGCAGCAUAGCAACUCAAAUGCUUUAAUCACCAUCGACAAUGACCAGGAACCCACCAUGACCACCGCAGCCCAUUCCCGCGCCUUGAAGUUAAUUCUUAGGACACUUGAGCUCGGCUGCUUCCGACUGGUUCCAGCCGAAGAUAUUCUUCGAGUACAGAACUUGUGUGACGGUGCGUUGAAGCAAGCCGCAAAUCUUGAAAUCAAGAUCGACGACAGCUGGGGCGAGGUCGAGGUUGGGAUGUGGCUCCAGCAGCUUCCCAACAUCGAGGCAGGACUGAAAGCCGCACGUACCGCACUAACGGUCAUGAGUGGAGGCCGAGAAGAAAGGCAGCUUUAUUCCGAGGACUUGAUCCAACAGGGGCUCAAUAUCUUCAAGAAUGUCAUUGACGGCAUAAUCGUACCUUUAUCUGAGCUGCGAGGCUCCGAUCCGUCCAAGAAAGAAUUGUUCAGGCAUCUGACAGCACAGAAAAAGGCGAUCAGCACCAUAUUUACGGCUUGCCAAAAGCUUUUUACACUCAUGUCCACCCUGAUAACAAGUAUCGACCUUUCGGAGACAGUAGUCAGCACACUGGAGUUUGCUUCGUCCUGUCUCAUAUUCGUUGAGAACGCACCUGAAAAAGAUUCAGUGGUAGGAACUCAAAAAUUUGACGGGCUUCGUCUAGUUGCCAUGGACAUGCUUUCUCAAAUCUUUUUAAUGAACCCAUCCCAAAGGCAGGGCAUAUUUGAUGACAUCUUGACAUCUCUCGAGAAAUUGCCGCUUAACAAGCUGAGCGCCAGACAGUUCAAGCUCUCAGAUGGUGGAAGCAUUCAACCUGUCUCUGCUCUGAUCAUGCGACUAGUGCAAGCCAGCGCUGGAAAGGUUGAUGACCGCAAGGAGAAGUCUCGUGGUCAAAUGUUGAAGUCUCUCGAAGGGGACGACCAAGACGGCCAGGGAAAUGCACCAAAUGGUGGGAAAGGCUCUGCUGAGACAUCGUACGCUGUCAAGACCGAAGAUUACGCCGCCAUGCAGCCCUCUACUGCUAUUCAGGAGCUUGAAGCCCUCGCACCGCCACUCUUUGAUACGGCCAAGCGUAAUGCCGCGUAUGUCGUCAACUUCAUGGUCAAGCGUGCCCAGAAGUCUACCAAAUCUGGCGAUACCCCGUAUCGUAACCUGCUUGAUUUGUUCGUGGAGGACUUCACGACUUGCUUAGAUUCGCCGGACUGGCCUGCGGCAGAGCUGCUGCUCCGCCUGUUGAUGUUCAUGAUGCUAGAACUCGUCAAAGGCGAAAAGAAUGCCGCACCAGCGAAGAACAUGGCCUUGGAACUUCUCGGUGUGAUGGCCGCCGCGAUUUCGAAACUUCGCUCGCAUGUUCGGAAGACUGCAAGCAAUUUCGAGGGCACUGACGCCGACGAGCUAGGACGGUGGCUCGCUGAACUGACGACCAUGGUUCUUGACCGCAAAUUCUCCCCAGACAAGAUUAUCAAUUGGCUUGGUCCUUACCGGGUGGUUCUAGAAUACCUCGAGGGCCGUGUGACUGAUGACCCGCACCUCAGAAGCGCCAUUUCCUACUUUGUUACAGAUUGGGCUGUCUCAGUGUGCGCUGCAUAUGACGACGAUCAGGAAGAGUCGGAAGGCAGAGAUGCUGAAUACGGCAGGACCGCGUACCGUCUGCGUAACAUGGUAGAAGACCGUAGGUGGCUUACCAAUGAGUACAGUUUCAAGUCGGUCGUCGCCAGUCACGCCAAGCUAUCUCAUUCGAUUCUCCUACUUCGGUCACAGUUCUGUGAUUAUUUCAAAGGAAUUCUCAACAUUCUCAUGCAGUCGAUGACAACAGAUGCCGCAACUGUCCGCAGCAGAAGCUUGAAGAGCAUCAAUCAAGUUCUUGAGACAGAUCCAACCAUUCUCGAUGGCGAUAGCGUCGUCAUUCACUUGAUUUUACAAUGCUCCAAUGACUCGUCCCCGCAAGUCCGAGAUUCUGCUCUUGGUCUGAUUGGGAAAUGCAUUGCUAUGCGGCCGCUCCUAGAAGAGAAGAUGACCCAGACUGUCAUUCAACGGUUCACAGACGCCGGAGUCGGGGUUCGCAAGAGGGCGAUGAAACUUGCAAGAGACAUUUAUCUUGGCAACCAAAGCAAGGACGUCCGCAGUGCUAUAGCGAAUGGGCUUCUUCAUCGUAUGCAAGACCCUGAUGAGGGGGUCCGCGAACUUGCUCGGCAAAUGAUAGAGGAAGUAUGGAUUUCACCGUUCUACAAGGCCAAUGACUCGAUGGCCUACAAGCAAUCGCUCACCGACCAUGUCGUUCUGAUGGUGCAAACGGUGAAGCAAGGAAACGCUUCACUUAUCCUCGAUAAGGUCUUUCAGACUAUGUUGGCCCCCGAGUCCAAACUUUCUGAGGCCAACUCCGAUGUCUGUAAAAGAUUAGUUGCCAAUAUGUUCGAUUUGGUAGACAAUCCCGACUCGGAAGAUUUGUCCGUUCCAACGGGCAAAGAUGCUCUUCAAGUCUUGAUGAUUUUUGCGAAGGCGGAUCCCAGACUCUUCACCUUCGAGCAGAUCCGUCUCCUUAAGCCACGUAUUGCAAGUGUAGCAAGUGUCAGUACGAGUGAGGAAUUCCAGGUGUCAAGAGCUGUGGUAGUCAUUUAUCGACGAGUGUUACCACAAGUGUCGAGCGUUCACAAUCAAUUCCUUGCCGAAGUCCGCCGAGAUCUGAUGCCUGCCCUGCCGAAGGUCACCAGAGCGCUUCUGGACGAUGUGAUGGCUUGCUUAUGGAUCAUCAGUGGCUUAUUAGAGACGUCGGAGCAUCUUGCUCGGCUUGUCUCUUCAAGUCUAGCCGGUGUCCAGAAGAUUAGAGCGAUGACAGUCAAAGGACCUCUUGACAACGACACGACGAGGAAAUUUGCGCGAUAUUCGCUCAUUGUCGGCAUGGCAGGCAAACACUGCAAUCUUGACCAGCACGCCGAACUGUUCAAGUCCAGCUUCCCCAAGUGGCAGGGGAACUCGGUAUCGAAACUAAUGGUUGAUGUUCUCGUACCAUUUGCGAACCCCUCGCAGCCCGCAGAAGUCAGGAAAGCAGCGUUGGAUGCUAUCGGAUUGGUGUGUCAAGCGAACCCAAGAAAUUACGUCGCAGCAAACGUCUACACGACUUUCCAGCAGGUUUUUGACGAGCAAGAUGCCGCCUUGGAGUCAAUGAUCCUUCGGUCUUUUAAGGAGUUCCUGUUUACCGAAGAGAAGCGGUCUGAACAGGCGGCGGCGUCUGCGAAUGGAACCAAGGAGCCCGUCAAAAAGGAUCUGAAGUCGAUGGGCAGUACCGGAUUUGACGACGUGGCGAGCGCAACUACUCAGAGAUUUCUCAAGGAAAUUACUCGCAUCACCACAGCGACACAAGACGAACAUGCAUUCUUGGCUAUGGAAGUGCUGGCUACGAUCAGCCGACAAGGAUUGGUGCAUCCUAAAGAAACCGGAGUCACUCUCAUCACGCUGGAGACCUGCCCCAUUAUGAAGAUCUCUGAGCUGGCCUAUCAAGAGCAUCGAGCGCUCCAUGAGAAGCACGAGACCGUCAUUGAAAGAGAGUACGUCAAGGCGGUUCAAGCAGCCUUUCAAUAUCAGCGUGACAUUACGGGGGACUCCCAUGGUGCAACUGAGAAUCCCUUCACUCCGAAGCUCCAUUUAUUAAUGGAAGUGCUGAAAAUCAGCAAGUCCAAGAAUCGACAGCGCUUCCAGGAGAAGCUUAUCGGCCAGAUCGACUUCGAGCCGGCUAAAUUGGAAGUUGGUCACGAAGGUAUGCCACACCAUGUCGAGUAUUCUCGCUUUCUGGUCGAGAACCUUGCGUUCUUCGAGUACGUGACCGUGAGUGAGGUUCAAGCUACGAUCACAGCAAUGGAAAAGCUUGUCACCAGCACAGGCUCGGGCAUCGCUCAAUCCAUUGAAUCGGAAAUCUUCCAAGUUCGGGUCGACACGAUGCUCGGUGCAUCGCAAGCGACUAAUAGAGAGUUGCCACCAUUGGCUCCUGUUGAAGCGCCAGUCAACAAUCAGAAACUCCGUCAGCUAUCUGCGGGAUCAAUCAUACUUCUCGUAGUCUGGGAGGCACGAACAUACCUCCGUCGAGCAUAUGGUCUCAAUGCAAAUCGCCGCGAGAGCAAAGGCAAGGGUACUAACAAGGACUUGACCAGGGCGCCCAUCAAGGUCCAAGGUGUGACUGGUGACAAGUUCUGGGAAGAUGUUGCCGUGGCCAUGACAGGUCUUGAUUCUCAUGAGCGUAUGGUCGAUACAUGCAAGGCCUUUGUUGAGCUGUUGAAUGUCGACAAGGAAUUUCAGAUCGCCGAAGACGACGACGAUGUCGAUGGCAAUGGGGAACCGACUACGCCCGAUCCGGACGAUGAUGACGAGGAAGCUCUCAACUCCAACCCACGCGGUCGGAAGAGGAAGGCUGGUCAUGCUGCAGGUGGGAAAUUGAAGCGAGCUCGGUCUAACUCUAAGCCCCCGCCUCGCGGUCGCUCUCGGAAAAAUCCUGUUGCUGCUGAAGCUGAUUCAGACGCUGCCGAUGAUUUCUUCUAA